GGGCAUUGUCCACCAUCCGGAGCCGGUGAGCACGGGCCACCCGCCUGGGAUUCGGCCAGUUUCGUAUAUAUCCGCGCAAAUCAAGGCGGCCGCAGGCCCAAGCUCCCUUUUUCCCUGCGGAUGACAUCAAGGCUCUCCACCCGCAUAUCCGCUGCUUGCAGCAACAUGUAUCCGUUCACACCGUUGUUGGUCGAGAUAGAGCGGGAGAAGAUGCGGAAAUUUCUGAGAUUUCGAGUCGAGAUGUCAAGAGCCAUGCUUUGCUUCGCUUGA